AUGAAUUGCGAAUGCCCACUGAACCGAUUAUCGAGUUUGUCUCUCGCCUUGGCCAAAUUGUCCAACUGGUCGAAUUUGUCUCCACAGAAAAGACCUGGCAAACCUGGCUCACACGAUCCCGAAUUGAAAGAAACAGCACUGCGUAUCCCAGGUACUCAAGACGAUAAACAAGAAGUAAGCAUCUGCCGGAUUCUCGGUUCCCUGUCGGGGUUGAAUGACCUCUUGCUGUUGUCAGAAAUCAACUCACUGAUCUCUGCUGGCCACGGCUCACGACAGAGGAAGACCAAGAGGCAGAAUGCGCUGAUCCACGCUGUCAUCGAUGAAUCACUCGUUCGUGGAACUGGCGAGGAUCAGUGCACCUCUGAGUACGGAGGUAUUAUGAUAGCUGUUGGCUAUCAGUGA